AUCAAAGUUAAAUCAAUAAAAUUGGGAAUUAAGACGAUAAGCCAGCCAAUCAUUGAAUCGUUCAUCCGUUUGGCCGGCGAUUUCCGGAUCGGAACCCUUCUAUUUUCGUCUCCCAGGCUCAAGAUUAGGACAAAAGAAAAAGACCUAAAAUUAAAGUAGAAAGAUUCGUUUCGUAUUUUACAAUAAAUUUAGGGCAACCCAAAGUUGGAUUAAUUAGUAAUCAACGUAUUCUAAUCUGAAAAACUGCGAAGUACGAUGCCAGACUGACAUGCCCACGUUCAAGCCCCUUCUUUCAUUGAAUUAGGGCCAAACUGUAAAAUCACCGACCAGCCCAAUUGCUGUAAUGAACGGGUUUCAAAUUCCCAUACCAUUUAUGUAGAGGUAAAUAAUAAAUACCCUUUUACGCCAACGGUCGAAUUGUAUUUGGGGGCAAAUUUUCAUCUUCCAUAGAGAGAGAGAGAGAUGAGGAAGAGGAAAGAGAAGCAAGAAAUCUCUAAACCCAUGGUUGUUGCAGAGGAGGAAAAUGAAGACGAAGAGAGGGGCAAUGAAUCGAACGGCUUCUUCUCAUGCUAUCUCUUGGCUUCUGCUUGCCCUCGUUACAAAGGCCAUACCUAUAUCGGAUUCACAGUGAACCCAAAACGUAGAAUCAGGCAGCACAAUGGUGAAAUUGGAUGCGGUGCGUGGCGUACUAAAAGGAAGAGACCUUGGGAGAUGGUCUUGUGCAUUUAUGGCUUCCCCACUAAUGUCUCUGCUCUCCAGUUUGAAUGGGCGUGGCAGCACCCUAAUGAGUCAUUGGCUGUAAGAAGUGCUGCUGCAACUUUCAAGUCUCUCUCUGGAGUUGCCAACAAAGUUAAACUUGCAUACACAAUGCUCACACUUCCAGCUUGGUGCAGUUUGAAUAUCACUGUAAACUACUUCUCAACAAAGUACAUGAAUAAUGCCGCUGGUUGCCCAAGUUUGCCAGAGCAUAUGAAGGUCCAAGUUUCCCCCAUUGAUGACCUUCCAUGUUAUUCUGAAGGAGACCAAGGUGUAGCUGAAAAUGAAGAUGACUUGGAGUACAACAGAGAGUACGAAGAAGUUUGCAGUUUUCGAGUAUAUGGAUCGACAAAAGAAGUUCCAAAUGAAAUUCCUCAAAAGUUAACGGAUGGAUGCGAUAAAGAACUUGAGGACAGUGAACGAGAGCCACCUUCUUCGUGUAGUCCGUCCUAUGUGGGUAUGUCCCAUGACAUGCAUGGACACAAUAAAGAACUUGAGGAUUAUAAACGAGUGCCACCUUCGUGUGCUCCGUCUUAUACUGUUGCGGGUAGGUCCGAGACUGAAAUCAUCAUUGAAGAUGGAGAGGAAGACCAAUUUGAAGGGAAUGGUGUGAACUUGCAGCAGAAACCUGGUAGUACGAAUUCAAUGAGCAAAGUUGGGAGGUGUAAUAUUGGGUAUCCCCCUAGUGAGUAUGAGGUUAUAGAUGUGUGUACCCCAUCUCCCGACUGCAGAACAAGUUCCAACAGUCGAUUCAAGAGAAGAAUUACUUCUUUUGUUGGGUCUGAGAUUAUUGACUUGACCAAAUCUCCUACGUUUAUCCGAUUGUAGAACAUGUUCAUGUUCAUGUUCUCGUAUGCAUUUUGGCAUGAGGUAAUAUCUGUAUCCUGCUGCAGGGGCCAUUUUCAAACCCUUUCAGAGGCAACGGGGCUCAAAUUUGUUUGACCAACGUGGUGUAUAAUUUAUAUACAUAUAUAAGCCUUUAUUUCAAAGGCCAUCCAGGGGAAUCAUCAAAGUGUGAAAAGAACUUUCGGAAGGCUCGUGUUGUAGAACGUGGUUUCAAUUAUGAUUUUCUGAUAGCAUAUGGAUUUAAAGAAUUUUGUAAAAGAUUGAUUCUUCAUCUUCUACUUUUCGAGUUAGAAAAUUUGUUUUUAAAA